CACAGACACACAGUCAUCGAGCGCGUCUGUCUGUCAGCCAUGAGAAGCGUAGAUCUGCUUCCCACAGAAGAUCGAGAGUGAAUAUUAUUCCUGAUCAUCAUAUUUCAGAUCGCAGCUAAACAUGGUUCAGUCCUGCUCGGCGUACGGAUGCAAAAACAGAUACCAGAAAGAUAAAAACAUCUCCUUUCAUAAGUUUCCUCUGGCCCGGCCGGACGUCUGUGGGAAAUGGGUGGCCGCCAUGAAGAGAAGAAACUUCAAACCCACCAAGUACAGUAACAUCUGCUCUCAGCACUUCACCAGAGACUGUUUCAAGCGCGAGUGCAACAACCGCGUGCUGAAGGACAACGCCGUGCCCUCGCUCUUCAGCUUCAGCAAAAUACAGAUGCAGGCAGCGUCUCUGGAGGACGCCUUCAGCCCGGACAUGGACUUUCCUCUGAGUCUCCCUCUCUCUGAUGCCGAAGAGACGGCAGUGGUGCGGCCGUCUGAAACGGAGCCGGAGCCGAACCCGGACCUCCACGCCAGCGCCUGCGUGUCCUGCGACCACAACUACACGGUGGAGGACACGGUGCAGCAGAAGAGACGCAUCGAGCAGCUGCAGGAACAGCUGGAGAAGCUGCGCAAGAGACUGAAGACGGUGCAGCAGAAGUGCCGGCGUCAGGAGCGGCAGCUGGAGCGCUACAGAGCCAUGAGCCAGAUCCGGAAGACCGGGAAGAAGGACGUGACGCCGGGAGAGAGCUACGUUAUCUUGCCCAGAGAGAUCUACGACGUGCUGAAAGGAAUAGAGACCAUCGGCGCAUUGUGAGGGUUUACGCCUGUCUUAGGUAGUCGAUUCGAGCUUCUCUUUCUCUUUUUCUUCUGUCAAUCAUGACUUGUGUUCUGAAUGUCAGACGUCUGCUGACUUACACUGGGCUUUAUACUGCUGACGUGUGUUCGGUGUCUGACGGAUCGCAGAACACAAUGUGCUUUCAGGAGCUGAACGUGCAGUAACGUCUGAGAGGAUUCUGGACCGUUUACUUCUGAGUAACUAAACCCUUUAGCACUUGUUAAGAUGAGAAACAACUCAACGAACACUGGAGAAAGAUACUGACAGAUGUGUUGGAAUGGCUGCAGAUCAGUGUUUGUUCAGUUAUUAAAUGUUUUUCUAAUUUAAACGUCUGGAAUUUUAUUGAAUAGUUUAUUUUUAUUUGAUUUAAUGUACUAAGAUGACCAAACUGGACUUGACUAAACUCAUUUUCAGUAGCCAUAUAGUCACGUAUCAAAGGGCUUUGAGAUUGUUUUGUGUUUGUUUGUGUUUUGAUUCUUGCUGAUUAAUUUAUUGCUCACAAAACAGUAAUAAUUGUGGAAUCAAUUUAAGCCAUAUUUGGGGGGAAAGUUCGAUCAUAGUUGCCUUACGCUGCAGUUCUUCAUGUGGUUUGACUGUUUUAAUUCACGAUUCAUUUAUAAUCAGGCUUCUAAAUGAUGAAUGUCACUGUCUUGUACGUGUACGAAACACAUCCUUACAAAACUUUACCACAGUACAGAAAGUUUCCAAUGUGAAUUACUACAGUCAUAUAGUAAUAAAUGAAUAUGGUAUAUGCUUCAAACCAUGGAAGAGGCUUUCAGAAUCUGUUAUUUUAAUUUCUUUGUCAUUUGAUUUGUUAUGAAAGGGUGGCUAAUAAUAAGUUUAUCACAGUAUUACUGUAGUAACUACUAUGGUAAAUGUUUGUAUGGGUAAACUGGGAACAGACAGCAUAAACUCACGUAUGUUCACAUGCUCUGUUUCUUGUAACCUUGAAAGUCCAUGUAAAAUGCAAAUCCAGUUUGUCCGAUGUUUUUCCACCAUCAGAUCAAACUAAUAUCCCCAUCACCACCUUUUUUAAUAAAAACUGAGAAACCAG